CCGUCAGAUGGGAUUACCAUCCUCAUCUAGCCGUCCAAUAUUUGCAAAUUGAAUUUCAAAAGAUCGAGAGGGAGGAGAGAGGCUAAUAGCUUCUCUACUCCCUUCUCUCCCUUCCCUUCCCUUCUAUUUUAUUCUCUCGAACAAAUAUUUUUGAGCAAAAAUCCUAUCUUUUGUGUAUCUCCUUGCACUUUGUCUCCGCACGUACUGAUCGAGUUCGCCGGAAUCCAGUCACUCUGCAACAAUUUCCGGUCGACAUUUGCCGGAUUCCGGGGUUUAAUUUGCAGCUGCGUAACGACACGGUUUCUCCUUCCUUUAACUAUUUAUCGGCGAUCUUCGAGAGGCUUCUCGAUCCGGAAGUUAUCUAAUUUAAGAUGAUUUUUGAGGGAUUUUGUGGUGGUUGAAGAAAAUUUAUUUGAUUGAAUUCGUCGUCGUCCGUUUCAAAUUUUAUUUAAUUUUUCAAUUUUAAAGCCGAUGGAGCAAGGUAACGGCGGGGAUUUCCCGCUGAAAAAGCUCCAGUCGAUUACGACAACGGGGACGGUUGUAGCGACCUCAGAUUUCCCGCCGAAAAAGCUCGCGAGGCAGCUGGAUUUCACGGCUUUCUGCAGUGCAUCGGCGGGCGUCGUCUUGCCGGAACACCCGCAGCCGCAGCCACAAUCACAGUUACAUCCACACCCACAGGCACAGCCACAACCACAGUUACAUCCACAUCCACAGCCGCAGUCACAACCACAAUCACAGUCACUGUCACAGCAACAGUCACAGUCGCCUCUGCAGCCUCAACCUUCGCUUCCCCGUCCUUCGUUUUCAGUUGUAAAGCCAGAAUCCCCAAGAUCACGCCCACGGCCUGGCAUAGAAGUAAAAGACAGCACUCCAAAGAAACAAAAACAAUGCAAUUGCAAAAAUUCACGGUGUUUAAAAUUGUACUGUGAGUGCUUUGCUUCUGGGAUAUAUUGUGAUGGGUGCAACUGUGUAAAUUGUUGUAAUAAUGUUGAGAAUGAGGUUGCUAGACAGGAGGCUGUUGAAGUUACCUUAGAGCGUAAUCCAAAUGCAUUCCGGCCAAAGAUUGCUAGCAGUCCACAUGGAACACGGGAUGACAGGGAGGAUGCGGGGGAGGUUCCAAUGGUGGGAAAGCACAACAAAGGAUGUCACUGCAAGAAAUCAGGAUGCCUCAAGAAAUAUUGCGAGUGCUUUCAAGCCAACAUUCUGUGCUCUGAAAAUUGUAAAUGCAUGGACUGUAAAAACUUUGAAGGCAGUGAGGAGAGACGGGCUCUCUUUCAUGGAGACCAUGGUAAUGCCAUGGCAUACAUCCAACAGGCAGCUAAUGCUGCCAUUACUGGGGCUAUUGGAUCCCCUCCAGCAUCCAAGAAGAGAAAAAGUCAGGAUCUCUUCUUCUGCACAACAGCCAAGGAUCUAUCUGUUCACAGGCUUGCACAGUUCCCACAGGGAAAUCAUCCAAAAGCUUCUAUACCCUCUUCUUCCUUAUCUUCCAUCCCCGUUGCUCGCGUUGUUAAUACUGCAGUUUUAGGCUCUUCAAAAUCUGCAUACAGGUCUCUGCUAGCAGAUAUCAUCCAACCACAGGAUGUGAAGGAGCUUUGCACACUUUUGGUGGUGGUAUCAGGAGAAGCUGCUAAGACACUUUCAGGGUGGGGGUGGAUUGCUUAUGGACCUAACCUUGGAGACUCUUGCUCAAAGUGGCUGUUCUCAGAUGAGAAGAGAGGCAUGACAGAGGAGCAAGUAGAUAGGGAAGAUCAGCUAGAAAGUUCCCAUGCUUCAUCAAUUCAUUCCAAGGAGGACAAUCGCAAAGAAUCUGAACUUAAUAAAACUGUGGUUGAUGAUCGUUCCAGUGGGACUCAGCCUGAUAAAAUGGGCACAGAUGAUUCUGGGUCAGAUGGUGCUGACAUGCAGAAAGGAAGGCCAAUGUCCCCAGGAACGCUUGCAUUGAUGUGUGAUGAACAAGAUUCGAUGUUCAUGGCAGCUCCUUCCCUUAAUGGGGCUAUGGCCCAUGGGCACAACAUACCUCCACAAUCUUCUUUUGGGCAGGGCAUGACUGAGGUUUAUGCAGAGCAGGAAAGGCUUAUACUGACAGGUUUUCGGGAUUAUCUUCGAAGGCUCACUGCUUGUGCAAGUAUCAAGGAAACAAACUGUUCUUCAUUGGCCAGAACAACUGAAGCUGGGAGUCAACAAGAACCUGCUACGAAUGGAACUGUAAAAGCUCCUGUUUCAGCCAAUGCUGAGACAUCCCAACUAAUGAGUGCGAUUACUACUGCAAAAGCUCCUAUUCCAUCCAGUGCCGAGACAUCCCAGACAGUAGGUCCUGUCAACUGCAAUCCUAAUAACGGUGUGUCAACCCCUCAAACAAUAAUUGCAGUCAGUACUUCCAAUAACAAGGUGCAGGCAAAGGAUAGACAAUCCUCUGAGAAUGGUAACAUAAAACCAAAGAUUGAAACAGAGGAUGUGUAAAAAAAUGGUAGAGAGAGAGGGAGGGGAGUGGCCGGAAGCAUAUUACCACAUCUCUGUAAUACUUGGGGAAGGUUCAAUUCAGCUACUCCUGAUGUAGUUAAAAGCAAAUGUUGAGCCUCAUUGUUACUUUGUUGGUACACCGUGAUCGAAGAAGAAUCGAUCACGAUGAGGUCCAUUUUUUCCUUCCUCAUUAAUAUAUUUAUUUUUAUAUAGUUCUCUUUGCCUCAUCUGCAUAAUGUUCCUCUGAGUAUAUAUUGUAGUUUG